UGGAGUGGUUGAAAAACGAGUUUUAAUGAUUCCAAUCUAAGUCUAUGUAAACUUCCGACUUCAACUGUACCUGAAGUAUCCUAUGUGCUUAUAGAUGAGUAAGACUUCCAUUUAAUGAAUACAUUCAAUAUGUGUAUUGGUACAUCAAGCUGCCUCAGAAACAGGAGAUAGGCUCCUGUUCCUAUUAGCCGUUCCGGCUCGCACACGCCAAGGCUUGUACAAGGUUAUUUACUUACUUUACAUGUCUGUCAUGGCUUAACAACAUCCUAUCAUCCAGAUUAUAUCAUGCAGUUCACUUCACCUGCACCCCAAGGCUCAGCACAGAACACCAUCAAGUGAUGAAAGACUUUCCUUUCCCUCUUUCUCUUUCACCCUAAGCUGUGUGGAGGUGUGUCUGGGCAAGCACAACGUUGACAGGACUGAAGGUAAGGAGCAAUUCAUCUCUUCUUCCCACGUCAUCCCCCACCCCAACUACAGCUCCUACAACAUCAACAAUGACAUCAUGUUGCUCAAGCUCGCCACCCUCAACACCUACGUGCAGCCUGUUGCUUUGCCCACCAGCUGUGCCCCCGCUGGCACAAUGUGUACCGUCUCUGGAUGGGGCAACACUAUGAACUCCAGUGAGUACAGCAAUAACGGCAACAUGUUAAUGCAUUUUGGGGCUAUUUUAAUUUCCCCUUCUUUCUAUCCAUUCUUUCAUUUUUCAUCCAUCCUUACAGCCGCCGAUAGCAACAAGCUACAGUGCCUGAACCUCGCCAUCCUGUCCUUCAAUGUCUGUAACAACUCCUACCCUGGCCAGAUCACUAACGCCAUGUUCUGUGCUGGAUUCCUGGAGGGAGGCAAGGACUCUUGCCAGGGUGACUCCGGUGGCCCCGUGGUGUGCAACGGUGAUCUUCAGGGUGUUGUGUCCUGGGGAUAGGGCUGUGCCGAGCCCGAUAACCCCAGUGCCAAGGUACGAAUAUAGGCUUCUGCUGCUAAAUUUGUGGGAUAAAGCCUUUAUUAGACCACUGGCUCAUCCCUGUCACAACUACAUGUUUCUAACUUCA